AUGUCGGUUCUUUUUGCAAUCGGCUCCAACGGAUCUGGCCAGCUCGGCAUCGGCCAUAAGGAAGAUGUCUCCGUCCCCAAGCAGGCCAUCUUCUUCCCAGACCACCCCGCCUCUCCGGUAGUUAAGGUGGCGGCGGGCGGGAAUCAUACGCUGCUCCUGACACAGUUCGGAGAGCUUUACUGGAGCGGGGACGCUACGAGCGGAGCCUGCGGUCUGACUUCCGCUGCAGAGACCAGUGAGCCGAUCUUCCAGCGAGUCCAGCUGAGCAAGGAAGGGCAAGAGAACGUCUCAGGCAAGAUAGACCUGAUCGCUGCAACUUGGGAGGCUUCGUUCGUCGUUCAGAAGGAUGCCGAGGGGAAAAGGACAAAGGUUUACAGCUUUGGCGCUGGACAGAAGGGCGAGCUGGGCCUUGGCGAGCUGCUUUUCCGUUCGCCGUCUGCCACCCUUUUCAAAGAGUUCCCGCCGGCCGGGACCGAGGUCGCAGAUUUGGCAGCGUGUAUGGGUCAUGCCGUGGCGGUCCUCAGCAACGGCGACGCCUACGCGUGGGGCAAUAUUCGCAAGGGCCAGGGCGGAAGCCCCGAGGCCGUCGUCCACUCGCCGAGAAAGAUCGAAGGCGUCGACUUCAAGAUCUCCAGGGCUGUCUGCGGAAAGGACUUUACGUGUUUGUUCGGGGCUUCAGAGUCAGGCAAGCUACUGAUCUUGGGAUCCGACAAGUGGAACAUCAAAUCCUCCGCCCCAGCGUCUGUACCCGAGUGGUCGGAUGUCGGUGCCAGUUGGGGCAACAUCUACGUCCUGAAGAAGGACGGCGGACUUCUUUCGUGGGGGAGGGACGACCAUGGACAGCUGCCGCCACCAGAACUGCCAAAGCUACUAAACAUCGCCAUUGGCAGCGAGCACGUCGUCGCAUUCACUGAAAAGGGCGACGUACUCGCCUGGGGAUGGGGCGAGCACGGCAACUGCGGCCCGCAGGUCGAGAACAACGACGUCAAGGGACGGUGGAAUGUCAUUGCAUCAUCAAGGUUCAUUCCGCCCGGUUCUCAGAUCGCGGGUAUCGGUGCGGGUUGCGCGACUAGCUGGGUGACUAUCAUCACUGGUUGA